GCGCCGUGAGAUCGUUUACGUAAAUGGUCAAGGGUCGCGACAGAUAACGGAACAUCGAUAAGAAAGUGACGUCGCGAUAAAACGCGAAUUAUCAGGGAUAACGGCGCAGCGCGCAGAUCUGAGAAGAAGCGCGACUCGAGUUCUCUCUCUCGCGAGAGAGUUCGAUGUUCGUAGUUCGACCCACGCGCCAAGAGAUUCGUUUUCGCGCGAGUGUUUUUGAGCGGCUGAUGCGCGCGGUUGCGCGAUUCGCACGAAUGCACAAUGCCUUUAAUUGCGGAGGGAGACGAGGAAGCCGGGCGGGAGCGAGCGACUUUGAAGUUCUCGCAAUGCGUGGGUUUGCUUGUGGCGACACUCGCCGCGUUCUCUAUCGGCACAUAUCUGUCGUGGACAUCCUCCGUCUUGCCGCUCUACAACAGGAAGGACACGUUAUCUAUCAGUAACCAGGAGGCCUCAUGGAUCUCCUCGCUGCUCCCUCUCGGCGCUAUCCCGGGCGUCGUGCCGGCGAAAAUGCUGGCAAACAGAUUCGGCCGGAAGAGAACGAUCUGGGCCACCAGCGUGCCCUUGUUUUCGUGCUGGUACAUUAUCGCAUUCGCGCGGAACAAGAUUUGGCUUUUUCUGGCACGGCUCGUGGCCGGGGCGGCAUGUGGCGCAGCAUCCGUACUUGUUCCCAUGUUCAUUUCCGAGAUCGCCGAGCAGAGCACCAGAGGCUUACUUGGCACAGUUUUCCAGUUGCAGAUCACCGCCGGGAUCCUCUUCGCGUACGCCACCGCUUUCACCGAUAGUCUGCACGUCAUCGCGAUAUUGUGUUCCGCGGCGCCUGGGCUGCUUUUGAUCUCCCUGCCGUUCGUGCCGGAAUCAUCGGCGUGGCUGGUCAGCCAAGGUCGGAGGAACGAGGCGUACGACUCACUCAGGCACUUCGGAGGGUCGUCUCGCGAUCGCAUCGAGACGGAAUUGACGAGGCUCGAGCUGCGGGUCGCGGAACCGCGAGCUGGUAUCUCGGAUCUGAGGCACCACCGGCGGCCGAUCUGCAUCGCGCUUGGUUUAAUGAUUUUCCAGCAGCUCUCCGGCGUCAACGCACUGAUAUUUUACGCGAGUAGGAUCUUUGACGCCACAGGCGUCUCGUCGCCGACUCCCAUCAUGUCGUCGGUAAUCGUCGGAGCCGUGCAAGUGAUCGCCGCCUGUUCCUCGAUUGUUAUAAUCGAGCGAGCAGGUAAAAAGAUACUGUUGUUCAUCAGCGCGUCAGUGAUGGCCACCUGCAUGUUUACGCUGUCAGGAUACUUCCACUUUCAGAUCUCGCACGAUCUCUCGAGCGUCUUCUGGAUCCCGUUGCUUUCGCUCGCGAUAUUCGUCGCGAUUUUCAGCCUCGGCUUCGGUCCCAUACCAUGUAUGAUGGUUGACGAGCUCUUCAGCAAUAACGUGAAGAGCGUAGCCAGUUGCGCCACUGCGAUGUGCAACUGGACGUUGGCUUUUCUGGUGACCAGAUGCUUCCAGAAUAUGGUGGACCUCAUGGGGAUCUCCUCGUCCUUCGCCGCGUUCGGCAUGACAAGCUUGAUCGGCACCGUGUUUGUCUCCGCGUUGGUACCGGAGACAAAGGACAGAAGCAUAGAGGAGGUCCAGAUUGAAUUGUACCGAGCUCGUAAUAGGUCUGCGAGAGAGUCGAUGACCGAAACACGGCGGGACAAGGUGCGCGCGAUUGAAACCUGCUCGACUGCGGAAGUCACAAGCGCGGUCACUGACACGUAGCGCCAUACAUCUCACAUGAACUCUGACAUAAACUCUGUAACGUGCCUCUUCGUAAACUGCCGACAGCGAAAAUCAAUUUACAUUCAACGUCAGAAGCGCGCAACCUUAAAGGCUUCUGCCUUUAAGCUCAACGGAUCUCAGCGUGUUCUCUGACAACUGUAACUACAGAACACGAUAUAGAUUGAUAAUAGACAAAAAAGAGAAAUA